CUUCCGUCCGUUGUCGUCAACGUUGUCAUCGUCGGCUCGUCUCGGCGGUGCUCGGCGUCGCUCGACUCGCUCGCUCAGUCGUGUAGCAGAACCGAAUCGAGAACUACGGAAGAAGCUGGAGCGGGUUCUCGGUCGCACCGAGAGCGAGAGCUAGGCUAGGACAGGCUAGGGGCAGCGCGAUCCACGAAGCAGGGGUGGAAAGAUGGCUGCCGAGGCGAAUGUUGCGCCGGAGAACCAAUAUUUCUACGAGGAUGUCGUUUAUCGGGUGGAUAAGCGGGGCAAUGUCGUCUUCGGCAUUGUCAUGGAGAACGACGACCACGACAUGUUUGACGAGAGCUCCGACAGCGGGGAGAGCCAGCCGAAGCGCAAAAAGGGCGAAAUCCGCAUGAUCUGGCAUCCGUCCGGCGUCGAGGAGAGGGUCAACUGCAAGAAGGUUCAUUUGGCCGACAGGACACUCAUGCCUGGAGAUGUGGUACGCAGAAUGAUCAAGGGAAAGGACACACAAAGAGGCUAUUGCAGAGAUGUGGAACUGACUGCGUGUGUGCAAGUCAUUGGUACCAAACAGAUUCUCACAGAUAUCAAGAGUGAAGACCUAAUUCCUUUGCAAGAAUUUGCAACAGAUAUGGCAGUUUGCAUGGACUCAUGGGUUGGUGAUAUCAGAAUGACACAUUUCAAACUGUGGCUGGUCACACCAGAUGGGUCUCAUUGUGUGAUAAAUGAAAUGGAUUCUUGUAUACUGGGACAAUUGGAAGAGACGCGAGACAAUGAUAAUGAUUUUCCUCACUCAACGGAAUUCUAUCCCGGUCAAAGUCUGUGGGGACCGGUUCAUUGUUUGGAAGAAGCCGAAUGGAUUCAGUGCACAAAGGAGAUGAAAGCAAAGAGAAAAGCUAAACCGCAGAAGAUGAUCAAAGUGAACGUGGAGAAAGUAGAAACCGAUUGGGUAGGCGUACAUUGGCAGUGCCGUGCCUACUCGAAGGACGGUGCUUGGUCUGAUCAGGCGCAACCGAAAUUCGUGGUGGAGGGUGAGGAUUUGAAAAAGCUGAAACUGCUGAACAUAUUCGAACCUUCGACCGUUCAAGUCGGCGAUCGUAAUUUCUACAUCAUCAAGGGUAACGAGAACGUUAUUACUCGCGAGCAGUGGCGAAAACAACAGAGAGAUAUUUUCCGAGUUCCUAAGCAAAGUCCAAAAAAGACGCGUCCGAAUAUCACGGUAACAAAGUUGCCAGAUGACAAGAAGAAGGAGCAAAAAACCGACAAAACAUCAGAUCAACAAUCGGCAGACGAAGACGAUAGUGACAGUAUUUAUUUGAAAAAUGUAAUGAGCAAUCUUGUUGCCGCAAGUUUGUUGGAACCGCCGAAGACCAAAACAAAACACGCUGAAAGCUCAGACGAGUGGGACACCGAAGACACCAUGGGUUCGCAAAGCGACAGCGCUUCGAUUUCUAGCGGCUCUUCCAGUAUGUCGUCAGUAGGAAAGAAAAAGAAGUACGCCGCACUGGUAACGAGAAUGCUGAAGAAAAAGAAGUUACGAAAAGCAAAGAAGAAAGUACCACCUGUCCCAUUAAUUCCCGGGACUAAAAUAGUCGUAGAAACGUUGUCCACUAAUACGAAAGCCAAUGUGGUGUGGCAAGAUGGCUCAGUAGAAUUUGGUAUACCAUCAACACAGCUGUAUCCAAUUCACCACUUGGACGAUAAGGAAUUUUUCCCAGGCGACUUUGUUAUAGACCAAAAGGACGAAUCUAGGAUGUAUGGAGUUGUACAAAAUGUCGAUCAUCAAGGCCGUACUGCUAAAGUGAAGUGGUUCCAGACGUAUACUUCUAGUCAAGAUCCAAUACCAAUCUUCUUGGAGGAACGUGAAGUGAGUGUUUACGAUUUGAAGGAUCAUCCAGAUUUUCAAUACAGACCGGGAACAUUGGUGAUUCGAAUAGCGAAUUUUGAAGGCGAGGACGCCAAAUGCACCGCCGGUCAAGUAUUGGAUAAUUAUCCGGAGGGACAAGUAAAAGUGUGGUGGGUCGAUGGUCAUAUUAGCAUGUGCUGGCCACAGGAUCUGUACAAGGUCAGCGAGUACGAUAGUGACGAGGGAGAACUGUGGGAUGACGUGUCGUCCGAUUCAUCUUGGGAGACGGAGUUGGAAGAUUGCUUUAUUGCUGACAACGACGGCGUCGAGCAAACGGAAUUGGAGAACAUAAAACCCAAAUUAGCAGCGCACAUCGAGAAGGCCAGGAUUGCGAUGUCACGACUGGAAGAGAUCUUCACGCAGAAUCCGUCGUUACAGACAACGGAAGUGAUGAGAAAACUACUCGAGGUUUACAAGGAUUGUCGUUACAUGGACAAACUAAUGGGCACGUCGUUCUUUCACGAGUGCCACUUUCAGGGACUUCUCGAGCGAGUGAGGGAACGUGGGAGAGCGAAUGUCGCGCAACGUAUGGCGGAUCAAGUGACAAGACUAUUUACACCUAAAUCCGAAUGUCCGGAGAAAUCUAUAGACAAAGAUGGUGUAACCAUCUCGAGCAACAACGACGAUCAGUACGCGAUUAGCGUGGCGGAGAAGCAAGAUGACACCACCAAUAUCGAAAACAACGUUCCAAAACAAACCAGCGAAGAACCCGUUAAUCAGUUAUUUAUACAACCUAACCCCAAUCCUGAAGACUCUGGAUUGUACUCGGCAGAAAAUUCGAAAAAGGAAUCGGGCUCGAGUGAGUCCAGCGGGGAAUUUCUUAUGAGCGAAGACGUCAAUAACGCGCCAGAGUGCUCGUCCACGAUGAACUACACACUUUCGCCGGAAAAAGAAGAAACGAACAAGAUAAGGAAAGUUCCAACGAGUCUGACCACUUCUCGUAACGUCGCACCGACGCUCGUAUGCGUCAAGCUGUGUAACCUAAUAAAAGCGCAGCUCGUAUUGGCACAUGCCGAGGUAUCCAAGAGGUUUGGUCUGGGCAAGAUGUCAUUGUCGGAAGCGGAGAAGACUUCUCCGUCUCCGCAGAAGAAACCGAAAAGCGAAAAAGAACGUCCAGAUACGAUAGAUCCGUCCGAGAGUUCUAUCGACAUUCCGCCAUUGGUUUAUGCCGACGGGGAAGGCUUUUCCAUAGAAGAAACCGCACCUGAUAAUCACAAGUUCAAGCUGACCAUGUUCCAACCAACCGACCCAACCAACUUCUUCAGGACCGUGUCCAAAGAAUUGAAACUACUCAAGAGUUCGCUCCCGCCCGGUGUGUGGGUGAAGGGAUUCGAAGAUCGUAUAGAUCUGUACUCCGUGAUGUUCCGCGGUCCUGAGAAGACUCCCUACGAAGACGGUCUCUUUCUUUUCGACUUCCAACUGUCCGCCGAUUACCCGGCCGCGCCACCGCUCUGCCAUUACAUCUCUUACUGCAGCGAUCGACUGAAUCCCAAUCUCUACGAGGACGGAAAGGUUUGUGUGAGUUUACUAGGCACCUGGUCCGGUCGUGGCACGGAAGUGUGGACGAGCUCGUCAACUUUGUUGCAAGUGAUCGUUUCGAUACAAGGUCUAAUUCUUGUGAGCGAGCCGUACUUCAACGAGGCCGGGUUUGAGAAGCAGAAAGGUUCGCAGCAGGGACGCGAGAAUUCGAGAAUGUACAACGAGAUGGUGAUGCUGAAGCUGGUCCAAGCGCAAACCAAAUUGCUGCAGCAUCCGCCAUCUGUGUUUCAGGACAUCAUUAUUGCGCAUUUCAAAAAGCACGCCGAGAAAUUACUGAAGCGACUAGAAUUGUGGAUGGAAAUAUCCGAACAGCAUAACAAUCAACACCCGCUGUCUCCGGUCACCCCAACCACGUUCAAACAAAUUGCUAAUAUUGACGAGAAAGUAUUGCCCGAAUUUCCGCUCAUCCCGGCGUCUCGAGGUUUCUGCAUAACUCUCCGCAAGACUCUGGCGACGUUCAAAGAGGUGCUCGUUAAGGAAAACAUAAUAAAGAAACCGAGUGAAUCGCAGGAUAACGAAAAUCCCACGGACUUGAGGAACAACGCCGCGAACAAUUGCAACGAGGAAACGUCCAUGUCCGCUGAUGGCAAACCAACCAUUGAUUGCAAUGAGAGCAGCAAUACGCGGUCGAACAACAAGAAAAAACCAAGCUCAAACGAUAAUCAAUCUAUCAAGGAAGAGACGUUACCUUCCGCAACGAAUAGUUACACAAUAGCGCCGAGCGAAACGAAAAAAACUACUACGAGCCAGAACACCAGCUAGCCACAAGGUAAAAGUAAGUAUAAGUUGAGGCGCUUAGUACGUUUUUUAAAUUAUACGAUUAAUCGGUAACAUAUAUUCUAACAAUUAUGUCGUAUAAAAAUUUCGAACUUACACGUAUAAAACUCACACACGCUAUAACUCACUUGCGCGCGAUCUUGUAUCGACAUCGAUAAAUUUCCAAAACCAUGAAACGCCAACAUCUCGUUGCUUUCAAAUUAGAGAGAAUUGUUCCAAGAGCGAUCACGAAAUAGAGGCGAUGAAAAACGCGAUUACAUAGUGGCGUAUAUGCGAAACAAAAAACAAAAACAAAAAAAAAAAAGAGAGAACGCGUCCUUGCAA